CGUUCCCCAUUGGCUGCUCUGCGAAGCCCGGUCUCCGGGUAAGAUGGCAGCGGACGGACAGUGCUCGCUCCCCGCUUCAUGGCGGCCAGUGACCCUCACCCACGUCGAAUAUCCUGCAGGUGAUCUCUCUGGCCACCUCCUUGCCUACCUGAGCCUUAGCCCUGUUUUUGUCAUCGUUGGUUUUGUAACCCUCAUCAUAUUCAAGCGGGAGCUGCACACAAUCUCAUUCCUCGGGGGACUGGCAUUGAACGAGGGGGUCAACUGGCUAAUCAAGCACGUCAUCCAGGAGCCUCGGCCCUGUGGAGGUCCCCACACAGCAGUGGGUACUAAGUACGGGAUGCCCUCCAGCCAUUCCCAGUUUAUGUGGUUCUUCUCUGUCUAUUCCUUCCUUUUCCUGUAUUUAAGAAUGCACCAAACAAAUAAUGCUAGAUUCCUGGACUUGCUAUGGAGGCAUGUUCUCUCCCUGGGGCUCCUCACUGCGGCCUUUCUCGUCUCCUACAGCAGGGUCUACCUGCUGUACCACACCUGGAGCCAGGUGCUCUACGGGGGCAUUGCUGGAAGCCUCAUGGCCAUCGCCUGGUUCAUCUUCACCCAGGAGGUCCUCACCCCGCUGUUCCCCAGGAUAGCAGCCUGGCCCAUCUCUGAGUUCUUCCUAAUCCGGGAUACAAGCCUCAUCCCUAAUGUACUCUGGUUUGAGUACACAGUAACCCGAGCAGAAGCCAGGAACAGACAGCGAAAGCUGGGGACAAAACUGCAGUGACUGGUGGGUGUGGCUGGGUCCAGCCUCCAAGUCUGGCCUGCACCAUGCCUUGCAGGUUGGACAGAAUGACAGAUGGAGGGAUGAAGCAGAGACCUCUACAGACCCAAGUCACCAAGUGGAGCCUUUUUUUUUUCCUUAUUUUAAUUUUAAUGGACAAGAUGGACCAAAGGGCCAAGUUAACCCUUCAGCCAGGACCCAGGGAGGGCCUGCUGCCUGGGGGCAGGCCACAUGGCCAGAGACCCUGGCUCUGCUGCUACCAGCCCCUGACUAAGUGGAAAGUGCUCUUGGCAUGGGCUUUGGGGUGUGGGGUAGAGCACAGGGGCUUGCACUUCUGGUCUUGGGGCCAGGAAUUCCAGGUGGUGUGAGGAGUACACACUAUUUAUAAUUUUUUGUUUUGUUUUGUCAAAGGCAGGCAGGAUUUUGGAGAUGAGGCUGGAAGAGCCUGCUCCACAGUAGCUGCCCUGUGUACAGAGGGACCCAGGUCACUUCCCCGAGCCCUAUGGCCUGCCUCCCACUGGGCCUGAGGGAGUUGGGGCCAAGAGUGAAGCAUCUCCAAGCUCUCUCUGCCACUGUUGCCAUUCCAGAACCUCAUCAGUGUUUCCUUGUCUGCGGGCAGGGCCUUGAGCGAGCACCCCUUGCGGUGGCAGCUGCUGUCAGUGUGUUCUUCCCCAUAUCAACCCAACAUCACAAGGGCUUUUCUCUGGUCCCCUAUCCCCAAGACAGUAGUCCCUUUCUGACAAAAGAGCCUGCACAUGUGGGUGAGCACACCCAAGCGUUUACAGCUCCUUUUGUCUGGCCAGCCAGUAGCAGUCUGUCUUCAUCCCCACUGGAACAAGACUCAGAGGAACCAGGAGUUGGGAACCCUGCCCCCUCCCCGUGUGCUGUGGAUAUGCCCUGUCUCCACAGGCUGGGAACCUGUGUAGGGGUCACCUUGAGGCCUGUGUCAAGUGUGGGUUAACUGAUUCCAACCUGGAAGAACGCCUUCUAAGGGCCUGUUUCUAAGUCACUCUGCCACACUGGUGGACAGAUGUUUCUAGACUUGGAAGUUUCCAGAACCAGACUCCAGGGGGACCUGUGUUUGAACCAUCCCUUCUUUUCUUUGUGGAGGUUCCUAUUCUGCUGCUGAAGCACAAUUUUUUGGUGCUUUCCUUUCUUGUCUGUCAAGGCCAUGUCCAAAGCCGUCCCAGACGCCAGGACCAGGGCUGGUUUCUAGGGAGGUAGGUCAGUCUCCACAGUUCCUCCCAUUUCUCUAGCAUUUUUAUUUUUACUUUUUGCCUGAGACAAGCCAAGUGUGAGGUGGUUUGACUUAAGAAAAUAAUGAAAUUGUUUACUAUUGUUUUAAAAUAAAACCUGAAACUCUG